AUGAAGUACGUUUUUGUUUCUGGUGGUGUUAUCAGUGGUAUUGGUAAAGGUAUUUUAGCCUCAUCUACUGGUUUGCUUUUGAAAACCUUGGGUUACAGAGUCACCUCCAUUAAAAUCGAUCCAUAUAUGAAUAUCGAUGCUGGUACUAUGUCCCCUUUGGAACACGGUGAAGUGUUCACCUUGGACGAUGGUGCCGAAUGUGAUUUGGAUCUUGGUAAUUAUGAAAGAUACUUGAACAUCUCAUUGACCAGGGAUCAUAAUAUCACCACUGGUAAAGUUUACCAAAAGGUGCUUGAAAAGGAAAGAAGAGGGGAUUACUUGGGUAAAACCGUGCAAAUCGUUCCUCAUUUGACUAAUGAAAUUCAAGAUUGGAUCGAACGUACCGCCAGAAUCCCGGUUGAUAACUCUGGUGAAGAACCAGACAUUUGUAUUGUUGAAUUGGGUGGUACUGUCGGUGAUAUUGAAAGUGCCCCAUUCAUUGAGGCUGUCAGACAGUUCCAAUUCAGAGUUGGUUCCGAAAACUUUGCAUUGGUUCAUGUCUGUUUGGUUCCAGUUAUCAAUGGUGAACAAAAAACCAAACCAACACAAGCUGCCAUCAAAGAUUUGAGAUCAUUGGGUUUAACCCCAGAUCUCAUUGCUUGUCGUUGUCCAAAGGAAUUGGAACCAACCACUAUGAGCAAAAUCUCCAUGUUUUGUCAUGUUGGUCCAGACCAUGUUUUGGGGGUUCAUGAUUUGAAUUCCACUUAUCAUGUACCAUUGUUGUUGAAAGAACAAAAAUUAGAUGAAUUCUUGGUCAAGAAAUUCGGUCUCGGUGACAGCAACUUGUCUCAAGAAAGAAUUACCAAGGGUGAAGAUUUACUUAAGAGAUGGUCUGAUUUGUGCUCUUCUGUUGAAAAGUCUUUGGAAGUCGUUAAUAUUGCUGUUGUUGGUAAGUACACCAACUUGCAUGAUAGUUACUUAUCAGUUAUCAAAUCUUUGGAACACUCUUCCAUGAAGAUUGGUAGAAAAAUGAACAUUACUUGGAUUGAGUCUACCGAUUUGGAAAAGGGUGUUGCUAGCGAAGAGGUGUACAAUGAAAACUGGGCUAAAUUGAAGGCUGCCGAUGGUGUUUUGGUUCCAGGUGGGUUUGGAUCCAGAGGCAUUGAAGGUAUGAUUGCUGCUGCUAACUACGCCAGAACCAACAAGGUUCCAUACUUGGGGGUUUGUUUGGGUUUGCAAGUUGCUGUUAUUGAAUUUGUGAGAAAUAUUCUUGGUAUUGAAGGUGCCACUUCUCAAGAAUUCGACGAAUCUACUCCUGAAGACAAGCGUGCUAUUGUCUACAUGCCAGAGAUUGACAAAAACAAAUUGGGAGGUACCAUGAGAUUGGGUCUUAGAUCCACCAAAUUCCAACCUAACUCUGAAUGGAGCAAAAUCAGACAAUUGUACGGCGGCAAACCUGAAGUUUUUGAAAGACAUCGUCACAGAUAUGAAGUCAACCCUAAAUUGGUUUCCGAAAUUGAAAACCAUGGCUUGAGCUUUGUUGGUAAAGAUGAAAACCAUCUUAGAAUGGAAAUCUUUGAAUUAAAAGAUGAAUCUCACCCAUACUAUGUUGCUGCUCAAUACCACCCUGAAUACUUGUCUAAGGUUUUAGAGCCAUCUAGACCAUUCUUGGGUCUUGUAGCUGCUGCAGCCGGAGUCUUGGACAAGUUGUUGGCAGAUGAACAACUCAAUUCUGGCUCAAAGGCGGAUUUCUAA